AUGGCGGAACCAAUUGAACCACCCAUCACCGUAUCCCAACAAGCAGCUGCGGAUCUUGAAGCCUAUAAUUCUGCUAAAGUAUCACUUGCCGAAUAUUGCGCUAAAGGAACCGCCGAGUAUGCACAAAAGCGUUACGAAGAUGCCGUAGACCACUAUGCGCAGGCCUCGGAAUUGCAAGCUGAAAUCAAUGGAGAAAUGGCACCAGAGAAUGCAGAAAUUCUGUUCUUGGCUGGUGGUGAGAAACAAAAACCGAAAAAGAAGAAUGGUGGAAAGAAAGUAGAUACUAUCGAGGAAGAAGACGAGACUGUGAAGUUGGAAGUAGAGAAGAAGGAUGAGACUGUGAAGACAAAAGCGGAAGAAAAGGCCGAUGAAGUGGCAGAAGAAGCGGUUGCGAUAAUCGCAAAUGGAGGCGCAACCAAGAAAGAGGAUAGUGCUAGUACGGAUCCAAAGAAGCCUUUAUUUACCUUUACGGGAGAUGAAAAUUUUGAAGACUCAGAUGAAGAGGAAGAGGCAGACGGAGAGGAUGAUGAAGAGGAGGAUGAUCCUCUUAAUCUUGCUUUCGAUAUUUUGGAUUUGGCGCGUGUGCUGUUUGAGAAGAGGUUGCAAGCGGAUGAAGGCGAGGGCAAAGGAAAGGGAACCGGUGAUACUGCUAUGACUACUCAUAUAAAAGAGAGGCUUGCGGAUACGCGCGAUCUUUUAGGGGAGAUAUCCCUUGAAAAUGAAAGGUUCCCAGCUGCGGUAUCAGACUUCAGGGAAUCCCUCGCUCUAAAAGAAAGUCUAUUCCCAGAAGAAGAUGAACAAAUCGCCGAAGCUCAUUACAAACUAUCCCUCGCGCUCGAAUUUGCAUCCAUUACACACACCGAAACGGAUGAGAAGAAGCCCAAUGCAGGAGCCGAAAACGUCGAUGAGGAAAUGAGAGCGGAAGCUGUUAAAGAACUAGAACUCGCAAUCAAGAGUACAAAACUUAAGUUACAUAACCAGGAAGUUGAAUUGGCAGAAACAGCUGUCGCAGAAGACAACGAUGUUACGAGACACAGAAUUGCCGACGUUAAGAGUAUUGUUGCGGAUAUGGAGCUUCGUCUAAAAGAGCUCCGCGCUCCACCGGUUGAUAUCAAUCAAGCCGUUGCUGCAGCUCUCGCUCCAGCCGGCGCACCUCAAUCCAAUGCCAUAAGUGGCAUUCUAGGAAACAUCCUCGGCGAAUCUGCCUCCGACACCGCAGCACGCGUUGAAGAAGCUAAAAAGACAGCCACGGAUCUAACAGGUUUAGUUAGACACAAGAAAAAGGAAAUCAAAGAUUUACCAAUACAGGCAGGUUCGAAGAGAAAAGCAGAAGAAGAGCCAGAAGCCGAGGGUGAAAGUAGUGAUGGAGGAAAGGAGAAAAAGGCCAAGGUGGCUAAUACAGAGGACAAUGGCGAGGAAGCUACUUAG